AUGCUGUUGGCUCCUGUCUAUGUGCUGCUGCUGCUGCUGGGGGGCCGCGUCCUUGGGGGAGGCUACCCCCCCAUGCCCCAGAUGAAGUACAUGCAGCCCAUGAUGAAAGGCCCCGUGGGACCCCCCUUCCGAGAGGGCAAAGGACAGUACCUCGGUUAGUAUGUGUGUGUGUGUGUAGCUGUGUGUGCAACGUAUUUGCGUCUGUGUGUCCUCACAAGGAUAGUAAAACAAGGACAAUUCAGAUAAGUGGGGACAUUUCGUCGCUCCCCACAAGGAAAAAUGCUAUUUUAGGCUUAGGGGUUAGGUUUAGUGUUACAAUUAGGUUAAUGGUUAGGUUUAGGGGUUAGAGAAAAUAGGAUUUUGAACGGGAAUCAAUUGUUUGGUCCCCACGAGGAUAGUAAAACAAAUGUGUGUGUGUGUGUAUGUGUAUGUGUAUGUGUAUGUAUGUGUGUGUGUGUGUGUGUGUGAAGUACGUCACCCAGUGUUAAAGGUAUGCAGGGGCAGGAGGGAACAGUGAGAAAGGUGGGGGGUUCUACUAUUCUAACAUAAGGAAUUGUUUUAAGAUGCUCAUACCAUGCAUCAUUUAGCUAUUUGAUUUAGAAUUUCCUUUAGGUAUCAAAAAAACAAUAUAAAAAAAUUAUGUGAUCAAAUAUUGCAUUUGUCCUUUAUUACUAUAGCCCAUUUAUGAAUAACACAUUCAUAAAUUCCCAGAAAUUCAUCAUAAGAAAUAAGGUUUUGAAGUGUCUGUCCUAUAUCUAGGAGAUAUAAGAAAUAUAUAAGAAAGGUCAGGAAAUAUAUAAUAUAUAUAUAUAUAUAUAUAUAUAUAUAUAUAUAUAUAUAUAUAUAUAUAUAUAUAUACAGUACCAGUCAAAAGUUUGGACACACCUACAAAAAUAUACACAAAACAUGUAAAGUGUUAGUACCAUGUUUCAUGAGCUGAAAUAAAAGAUCCCAGAAAUGUUCCAUUCACACAAAAAGCUUAUAGCUCUCAAAUGUUGUGCACAAAUUUGUUUACAUCCCUGUUAGUGAGCAUUUCUCCUUUGCCAAGAUGAUCCAUCCACCUGGCAGGUGUGGCAUAUCAAGAAGCUGACUAAACAGCAUGAUCAUUACACAGGUGCACCUUGUGCUGGGGACAAUAAAAUACCACUGUGCAGUUUUGUCACACAGCACAAUGCUACAGAUGUCUUACGUUUUGAGAGAGUGUGCAGUUGGCAUGCUGACUGCAGGAAUGUCCACCAGAGCUGUUGCCAGAUAAUUAAAUGUUAAUUUCUUUACCAUAAGCCGCCUCCAACGUCAUUUAGAGAAUUUGGCAGUAUGUCCAACCGGACCUCCACAUCCGGCUUCUUCACCUGCGGAAUCGUCUGAGACCAGCCACCCAGAAAGCUGAUGAAACUGUGGGUUUGCACAACCGAAGAAUUUCUGCACAAACUGUCAGAAACCGUCUCAGGAAAGCUCAUCUGCGUGCUCGUCGUCCUCACCAGGGUCUUGACCUGACUGCAGUUCGGUGUCGUAACAACUUCAGUGGGCAAAUGAUCACCGUCAUUGGCCAUUGGCACACUGGAGAAGUGUGCUCUUCACGGAUGAAUCACUGUUUCAACUGUACCGGCGUCGUGUGGGCGAGCGGUUUGCUGAUGUCAACGUUGUGAACAGAUUUUGAUGGGGAAUUUUUUAUUAUCUUAUUUAGAUUGACGCAGGGGAGAGUCAAUAGACUCUUUAGGAUUAACCUAUAGCUUUAACCUUACAUAGAAGCCUCUGCCUGUAUAAGCCACAGCCAUGACUGAAUGCAUAUGAAUGCUAAGAUGUGCCUCGCAGCUUCUGUAUUGAGUGGCUUUCGGAAGCUCAGGGUCAGAAAUAUAGACUAAAUGUAUAGCAGAGAGAUGAGACGAUAAAAGAGAUGAGAAGGGAAAAGAGGAGCAUGGGGAAAGAGGAGGAGCAUGGGGAAAGAGGAGGAGCAUGGGGAAAGAGGAGGAGCAUGGGGAAAGAGUAGGAGCAUGCCAAAAGAGGAUGGAGAGGAGGCACUAGAGGAGGGGUGGAAGGAGAGGAGAGGGAGAAGCAGGUCUGUGAAUGGAAAUUGGAUGGUUAGAAAUAGGGAUAUGUUGAUGAUGAGAGAGCCAAAGAGAACGUUACGUUCCCUGACAGUGAAAGUGAGGGUCAGAAUGUCCCUCUCUUCUAGGAAAACAGAGAGAUUAAUUAGAUAAAAGAAAGGAGUCAAUGCUCCCCAUAUCUUUCAUUGUCGACAGAGAGGGUAAACGUUCAGCACUUUGAUUACAAUGGUUAGCAUGUGUAGGAUGUAAAUUGUGAACGUAAGCAAAGCAAUGAUGCUCUUCCCUAAUGUCUUACAAAUUGUGAGUUCAGAUAGAGUUCUCUUACUCAGUUCAACUCAAUAUACCCUCCCAAUAUAGUUACCCUGCUUUGAUAUAACAGUCUUUACCAACAUAUUAUAACCUUCACUAUUGAUACAUCCAAAUCUAUUGUCAUUGUCUUGUAUUUCAAUCCCAAUUGAGGUUGCCAGUAGCAUCUCGCUGCCUCUCUCAAAUGGCCAGUAGUAUUGCUUGGAUCAAGGCACCUCAUGAUCUAUAUAAUUAUAAAAAAUAUCCAAACAUCGGUACAAAGUACUAGUAGGACAAAAUAUAAUCCGAAACAGACAUUAAAGAGCAACUGCCCCUAAAAAAGCAACUUCUUGUUUUGAAAGAGGCCUAUGUGGCAUCGAUAUGAGUCAGAAACAGUUACUCCAGUGUAAAAAUUGACUCCAAAGUGAAAAUAGUAUAAUUUUGGUCAUAAAGGCAGUUUUGUCCAAAACUGAGAUUUGCGAGAUUAUAGGAAAAAAUUGUAUGUUGCGGAAUUAAUAGUACCGUAACAUUUUUCCUUGAGUUGGGUUUAUUUCAAUCUUGCCCACAUCUGGCAGAACUCAACCCACUGGGCAUAGACGUCAAUUCAAUGUCUAUUCCACGUUGGUUCAAUGUAAUUUAAUUGAAAUGACGUGGAAACAACAUUGAUUCAACCAGUGUGUGCCCAGUGGGAAGUAAUCAUUAAUUCGGAGCACAGCUGCCAGUUCAGCCCCCAUUAAAAAAAAAACAUCCCACACAGAGAAGAAAACAGUAUAAAACAUCAAUAUAUCUAUUUCUCCCUCAACUACGUCCAGGUUGUAUAUUUGAUAUGGAGGUCAUCCCAGAUUGAGACAGGACAGACACAUAUAUUUGUGUAGUAAUGCCUUUGCUUUAUUUGUCCUUCGUGGGCAGUAAAAAGGCUGAAGAGACUGUGGCUCCUUGCUCUCUCUGGGUCUAGUAGGACUUGGCAGGUCUUCAAUAGGUCUGAUGGGGUUCUGAUUGCCCACUGUUUACUGAGCUCCGCUGGGCUCCGCUAGGCUCUGCACUGUGUGUGUGUCUGUUUUGGUGUGCGUGCGUGUGUGUGAAGGCUCUGGUAGGCCUUGUUCCUCCCACCAUCUGGUUGCUGUUACCAGUGAUUUUCACGUAGACUAAGACAGUCUACUAAGACAGUCAGGCAUUGUGUUUGUGGAUGUGUGUGAGAGAGGGAGAAGAGGAGAGAGAAAGUGAGGGAGAGAGAGCGAGAGAAAGUGAAAGAGAGAAAAAUAAAUAUAUAAAGACAGAGCAUCAGAUUCUAUUGAUGUUUGUGAAUGCAUGUCCCUGCAUAUGCCUCUCUCUUUCUCUCUCGCUCUCUCUGUUGUUAUGUAAUGCGUUAGUGAGAGUGCUUGCAGGCAUGUGCGUCUCCAGCCAGGUCACCCGUGAUACAAGUCAGUAUUCGUCGUCCAUCCAUGUCUGAAGACGUCGGGAGAUUAUGUGGUAACCAGCCACUAGGGGCAACAGUGAGCGCUGUUACCUUCAAGUAGGUUUCGGUAUUGCUAGGGCAUUGUGGACAGGGAUGGCAGUUGGCGUAAGCAUUUGCCUCUGAUUCCAAAGGUUGCAAGUUUGAAUCCAGCAAUAGAAAGUUGUUUUUGAGAAGAAAAACAUUUGGUCUAUCACAAACCUUAACCCUUACCUUAACCAUCCGGAGUGAAUGGUUUCUCUGUCACCUUUUGUACCAAGAGUCACUCAACAUAUUGUAGAUCAGUAUAUUCUAUGGGGGAAAAGGGGCCCUAGCUACCUCAAAACAAUUCCUUUCAUGACAGGCACAUUUUCAAUAUCUCACCAUGAAAUGUUGUUUGAGAAAAGCACAUUCCAGUAGUCAAAAUCAAAGAAAAUUCCUGAGGAGGAUGUCCAAUCCCAUGUCCAUGAACAUAGGCUACCUGAAGUUUUGACAUGAAGUGGAUCCUAGGCCUAUACCCUGCUUUUAGAGUUUAAUGAUGGAAUGGGAUCAACAAGUGGUUGCAUAUAUCAGCUAUGCUGAACCUUAACACACUUGUUGUUGUCUUUGGGGAGCUUAGUUCAAAUGGCAUGCAGCUACCUCCACCUAGUGGCCAUGAGACUACAUUGCAUUUACAUUUACAUCAUUUAGUAGAUACUCUUAUCCAGAGCGACUUACACAUUGGAUUUAUGCACAAUUGCAAUAGGCAUAACUGGAAAAUCAAAACAUUUUAGUAUUGCUCAAUAGUUAUUACCUGUAUAUAAGUUAAUUUAUGUAAAAAAAUUGGCUACAAAACAUUUUGAUGAUGUUUAAAGGGGAAAUCGGUGGUUCAAACAACAACAAAGCGGUCACCCGCCAUUGAUUUGGUAAAAAGCUCAGGGAUGAGGCUGGAGAAAUGUACAUUCAUAAACAGGGCUAUGGAUGCAAGGACUGACCAUCCAUUAAAUCCAAAUCACAGUUUUAACCAUGUUUCGAUGUAUAUCCGGGACAAUCAAUUUGAAAAUCUAUCAAUCCAUUACAUCAUAUGCCCUAUUCUACUUUCUGGAUUGUUAUUGAUGACCCUGAUGACCCUUGCUUGACCCCAGUGAUCUGCUUUGUCCAGGGCUCAUAACAUAGUAUGCCUGUAGGUCACACACUACUCUGACCCACUCCACACACUGGGGCUACACACUACUCUGACCCACUCCACACACUGGGGCUACACACUACUCUGACCCACUCCACACACUGAGGCUACACACUACUCUGACCCACUCCACACUGAGGCUACACAAUACUCUGACCCACUCCACACUGAGAUUACACACUACUCUGACCCACUCCACACACUAAUAACCCAGUCAUAGUUGACCCAGUCAUAGUUAACCCAGUCGCGGUUAACACAGUCAUAGUUAACCCAGUCAUAUUUAACCCAGUAAUACAGUGCCUUGCAAAAGUAUCCAUCCCCCUUGGCAAUUUUCCUAUUUUGUUGCAUUACAAACUGUAAUUUAAAUGGAUUUUUAUUUGGAUUUCAAGUAAUGGACAUACACAAAAUAGUCAAAAUUGGUGAAGUGAAAUGAAAAAAUAAAUUAUAAAAAAUAAAUAACGGAAAAGUGGUGCGUGCAAUGUAUUCACCCCCUUUGCUAUGAAGCCCCUAAAUAAGAUCUGGUGCAACCAAUUACUUUCAAAAGUCACAUAAUUAGUUAAAUAAAGUCCACCUGUGUGCAAUCUAAGUGUCACAUGACCUGUCACAUGAUCUCAGUAUAUAUACACCUGUUCUGAAAGGCCCCAGAGUCUGCAACACCACUAAGCAAGGGGCACCACCAAGCAAGCGGCACCAUGAAGACCAAGGAGCUCUCCAGACAGGUCAGGGACAAAGUUGUGGAGAAGUACAGAUCAGGGUUGGGUUAUAAAAAAAAUACCUGAAACUUUGAACAUCCCACGGAACACCAUUAAAUCCAUUAUUAAAAAAUUGAAAGAAUAUGGCACCACAACAAACCUGCCAAGAGAGAGCCGCCCACCAAAACUCAUGGACCAGGCAAGGAGGCCAUUAAUCAGAGAGGCAACAAAGAGACCAAAGAUAACCCUGAAGGAGCUGCAAAGCUCCACAGCGGAGAUUGGAGUAUCUGUCCAUAGGACCACUUUAAGCCGUACACUCCACAGAGCUGAGCUUUACAGAAGAGAGGGCAGAAAAAAGCAAUUGCUUCAAGAAAAAAAUAAGCAAACACGUUUGGUGUUCGCCAAAAGGCAUGUGGGAGACUCCCAAAAUAUGGAAGAAGGUACUCUGGUCAGAUGAGACUAAAAUUGAGCUUUUUGGCCAUCAAGGAAAACGCUAUGUCUGGCGCAAACCCAAUACCUCCCAUCACCCCGAGAACACCAAUGUUUUUCAUCGGCAGGGACUGGUAAACAAGUCAGAAUUGAAGGAAUGAUGGAUGGCUCUAAAUACAGGGAAAUUCUUGAGGGAAACCUGUUUCAGUCUUCCAGAGAUUUGAGACUGGGACGAAGGUUCACCUUCCAGCAGGACAAUGACCCUAAGCAUACUGCUAAAGCAACACUUGAGUGGUUUAAGGGGAAACAUAUAAAUGUCUUGGAAUGGCCUAGUCAAAGCCCAGACCUCAAUCCAAUUGAGAAUCUGUGGUAUGACUUAAAGAUUGCUGUAUACCAGCGGAACCCAUCCAACUUGAAGGAGCUGGAGCAGUUUUGCCUUGAAGAAUGGGCAAAAAUCCCAGUGGCUAGAUGUGCCAAGCUUAUAGUGACAUACCCCAAGAGACUUGCAGCUGUAAUUGCUGUUAAAGGUGGCUCUUCAAAGUAUUGACUUUGCAUCUUCAAAGUGGUAGGCAUGUUGUGUAAAUCAAAUGAUACAAAUCCAUUUUAAUUCCAGGUUGUAAGGCAACAAAAUAGGAAAAAUGCCAAGGGGGAUGAAUACUUUCGCAAGCCACUGUAGUUGACCCAGUCAUAGUUAACCAAGUCAUAGUAGUCAUAGUUAACCCAGUCAUAGUUGGCUACAUCAGACAACUGAACACAAACUCUUCUCUGUCACGAGUUGACCUUUGGCAGAUGUCCUAAAUGGACACACACACUGUAUAUGACCAUGUGAAAACUAGAUCAGCUAGUCCAAUAUUCACCACCCUAAAGGAAGACCUAACCUGGGUCCUGGACUGUCUCUGAAUUCUCUACAUCAUUGCUGUUCCUAAGCAAGCCUAACUAGACAAUGACAAGAAUUUGGCAAAGCAGAUACACACUGGCACUCAUGUACAGUAGAACCAUACAGAUGUAGGAUCUUAAUUUGAUCACCCUGUUGCAGGAUAACUUUCCUGCAAUGCAGGACAAUGCAGAAUAACUUUAAAAAGGCUUCUGAAGUUUGUAAUUCCACUUAGAAAUGUCAACUUCUACAAAAAUGUCCAUUGAUUAUAAUCCACAUUUCCUGUUGCUGCAGGAUCAUAACAAAAUAAAUCCGGGGCAAUUAAUUUGAAAGUAUAUUAAGCCUCCUCUACUUUCUGGACUGUUAUUCGUUACCCUGAUGAUCCUGUGGGGGCGAUUUUGUAAUGGAUUUUGUUCCACUAUUUUCAGAGCCAAGUCACUGACUAAAGAACUAAGUGAAAUCUAGGGAUGCAUCCCAAAUGGCACCUUAUUCACCUUAUAUGAGACCUGGUCAAAAGUAGUGCACUAUAUAGGGAAUAGGGUGUAAUUUGGGACGCAACUACAUAUUUUUUCUUUGUUUUUCACACUUUAAGAUCUAUUUGACCUUUUGAAAGAUCAUGAAUGAUUUGAAAGGGGAUGAGCAGGUAAUCACAAUGUCUUCCAUUUUCUCAUACAGACAUGCCACCCAUGAUGGACGUAAAGGGUGAGCCAGGGCCCCAAGGAAAACCUGGACCCAGAGGCCCACCUGGGCCAUCAGGACUUCCGGGAAAACCAGGACUGGGAAAACCAGGUCUCAAUGGCCAGCCUGGCCCUCAGGGGCCUCCAGGCUUUCCCGGCAUUGGGAAGCCCGGACUUCCAGGUCUCCCAGGAAAGGGGGGCAUGAAAGGGAUGCCCGGGAAUAAUGGCGAGGUUGGGCUCCGGGGUGAACCAGGUCCCAGAGGACUUCCAGGUCAACCAGGUCUCCCCGGGCCAGCUGGCCUGUCUCUGAAUGGCAAACCUGGGCUUCCCGGCGGGAGGGGCCAACCUGGGUCUCGUGGAGAACCAGGACAGAAAGGUGGACCUGGAUAUCCCGGGGAGCGUGGAAUCAAGGGGGAGAAUGGCAAUGGGAAGCCAGGGAUGCCAGGACCCGGGGGCCCCAUCGGGCUUAGGGGCCUUCCAGGGCCAGCUGGUAACCCGGGUGUGGGCAAACCAGGACUGAACGGGCUUCUUGGUCCGUCCGGGCCAAAAGGGGACCAGGGGCUCCCAGGAGGAAUAGGAGAGCCAGGUGAGGCCGGCAGUCCAGGGCUGCAAGGCCGGCCAGGACCCGUCGGAUUGGGCAAGCCUGGUAAUGAUGGAUUGCCUGGAGGACCAGGUCCACUUGGGCCUAAAGGUGAGCCAGGGCUGAGGGGUUCUCCAGGAUUUCCUGGAACUCCUGGCUAUGGCAAACCUGGUCUAUCUGGGCUGAAGGGAGACAAGGGCCUCUCCGGGGGACCAGGAGUCCCUGGGGAUAAGGGGGAGCCUGGGAUGGAGGGGCAGCCAGGAGACAUGGGUCUAGACGGACACCCAGGAACACCAGGAUUACAGGGCCCCAUGGGGCUCCCAGGAAAACACGGCAUGCCCGGUCUGAAGGGAGAGUUGGGUCCCCAGGGUCAUCCAGGUCUGCCAGGGAUCAGAGGGGAUCAGGGUCCCGGUGGUCUGUCUGGAAUACCUGGCAUUCCUGGAGAUAAAGGCCCACCGGGCCCUAACGGGGCUAUCGGAAAACCAGGGCCCAAAGGCGAGUCAGGGCACAUAGGCCUGCCUGGAAACCCAGGUCUUAUAGGCAAUCCUGGACCAAAGGGGGAGUUUGGGUUUGUUGGGUCUCCAGGACCAAGAGGCCAGUCUGGUAUCCCCGGUCUUCAGGGGCCUUCAGGGCCAAUGGGGCCACAGGGUAUCCCAGGUCUGAAAGGCGAACCUGGGCUGCCUGGUCUUCCAGGGCUGGGCAUGCUCGGAGAAAAGGGAGUUCCUGGUCCUCAAGGUCCCCAAGGAAAACCAGGCAACUCUGGGCUCAACGGCAACCCAGGCCCACCUGGGCCACCCGGGCCCCCUGGCCCUGCAGGAAAUGGCCAAACCAUCGUGGCUGGGCUAACAGAUUCGGAGCUGGGCGGGGGCGAGGUACCAAAUGGGAGGAACCCAAAACCACAGUUUGGCCACGCAGAGCUCUCCGCCACCCUGGCACCAGCAUUUACCGCCAUCCUCACCACGCCCUUCCCUCCCUCCGGGAUGCCCAUCAAGUUCGACAGGACCCUGUACAACGGGCAGAAUGCCUACAACCCCAUCACCGGUAUCUUCACCAGCCCCAUGUCCGGCGUCUACUACUUUGCCUACCACAUGCACGUAAAGGGACUCAGUCUGUGGGUGGCGCUGUACAAGAACAAUGUUCCCGCCACAUACACCUACGAUGAGUACAAGAAGGGCUACAUGGACCAGGCGUCCGGUAGCGCCGUGCUUGAGCUGAAGGAGAACGACCAGGUGUGGAUGCAGAUGCCCUCGGAUCAGGCUAACGGGCUCUACUCCACCGAAUACAUCCACUCGUCCUUCUCAGGGUUCCUGCUCUGUCCCACAUAA